AUGGAAGAAUUCAACCAAACAUCUCCGGAAAGGUUCAUCCUCCUUGGUCUAUCUAACAUCCCAUCACUCCAGACAUUAUGCAUCCUUGUGUUUCCUUUGAUGUACAUGAUCACGUUGUCAGGAAACCUUCUACUGAUCAUUGCGGUGAGGAUCAACCUAAAGCUACAGACCCCCAUGUACUUUUUCCUAUGCAACAUCUCCUUUAUUGACAUUGGUUUCUCAUCCACUAUUGUUCCCCUAAUUAUCAAAAACACUCUAGUCAAGGACAGAAGCAUCUCCUUGUUGGGAUGUGCAGUGCAAAUGUUUUUUCAUUUGGGUUUAGGAGGAACGGAGUGUGUUAUUCUAGCUGUCAUGGCGUACGACAGGUUUGCUGCCAUCUGCAGACCAUUGCACUAUAGCACCAUAAUGAAUAAAACGUUCUGUGUCGGUUUAGCUGCAGGGUCAUGGAGUAUUUGCUUCCUAAACUCCACCAUUCAUGUUGUCCUCACCUUCCAACUCCCCUACUGCAAGUCCCACCACGUCAACCACUUCUUCUGUGAGGUACCACCUUUCCUUCGUAUGUCCUGUAGAGACACUUUACUUAAUGAGAUAGGCAUGUACAUCUCCGCAGGAACUCUUGGCGUGUCUUCGUUUUGCUUGACACUUUUCUCAUAUGUCCACAUAAUAUCCACCAUUCUGAAGAUCCGUUCCUCACAAGGAAGACAUAAAGCUUUCUCCACAUGUGGUUCCCACCUAACUGUGGUGAUUCUCUACUAUGGGACAAUCCUUCUUAUGUAUCUGAGACCCCGCUCUACAUACUCUCCUGAACUAGACAAAACUCUGUCCAUCGUCUAUACAGUUGUGACACCAAUGAUGAACCCAAUGGUCUACAGUAUGAGGAAUAAGGAAGUCAAGAACACAGUUAAAAGAAUACUGUACACAUGA